GAUGUCGGAUCCUCCUUCCUCUCAGACCUCGGCUUCUGCCUUCUCCAUGGCGGACAGAAGCUCCGCAAACUCUCCAAAGUUUCACUUCGGCUCGCAAAUCCCCUCCUUUUUCUGCCAGGAGACAGGCAUCCAUUGCAGCAAGCACCGGCCCGUGGUCCUCCCACAAGACCCCUUCAUCGAUCUCGUUUCCUUCGUUCUAUCCCAGCCCCAUCGCGGCGUCACUGCCCUCGUCGACUCCGCCACCGGCGCUUCACUCUCCUACGCCGACCUUCGCCGCAUGGUCGCAUCCUUCGCUUCUGGCCUCUCCCAGAUCGGCGUCACUGCCAAUGGCGUCGUCCUCGUGUUGCUACCCAACAUCAUUCUCUUCCCCGUUAUCUUCCUGGCUAUCCUCGCCGCUGGCGCUAUUUUCUCCUCCAUGAACCCGCUAAGCAAGCGCGAUGAGGUCGUGAAACAAAUGAAACAGUGCCGAUUUACCCUAAUUUUUACCACCGCUGAGAAUGCGCCCAAUUUGACCGGAUUGGGCGUUAAGAUUGUCAUCGUGCCUGAAGAACCCGAUUCCAGUCCGUCAAAGUUUUCUCAUUUCUACAGUCUCAUGUCGAGCCGCCCUACCGACGCCCCGAGGCCGGUGAUUCGUCAGACGGACGCGGCGGCGAUACUGUUCUCAUCGGGCACAACGGGAGACGUCAAGGGAGUCGUUCUCACCCAUAGAAAUUUGAUUGCCGCGGUGGAGCUUUUUGUGGGGUUCGAGGCGUCGCAGUGCGAGCGUGAAAGCUGUAAGGAUGUCUACCUCGCCGCUAUCCCCAUGUUCCAUAUCUACGGGCUUUCCCUCUUCUCGAUGGGCAUCUUAUCUUUCGGCGCGGCCAUUGUCGUGAUGAAGAAGUUUGAUGUGGCCGAGGCGGUGAGGGUUAUAGAUGCAAUGAAGGUCACUCAUUUCCCAGUGGUUCCACCGAUUCUGGCAUCGCUGGCAAGGUCGGAGGGGACUGGUGGCUCUCGGUUGGAGACUCUAGUGCAAGUAUCUUGCGGCGCGGCUCCGCUGAACCAAAAAGUGAUGCGUGACUUCUUGAAUGCCUAUCCUCACGUAGAUUUAAUUCAGGGAUAUGGCUUGACGGAAUCUUCUGCAGUAGGAACUCGUGGUUUCAAUACAAUAAACUCCAAAAAGCAUACUUCUGUGGGAUUGCUAGCUCCAAACAUGGAAGCUAGGGUAAUUGAUAUAGAAACAGGGUUCUCUUUGCCUCCAGGUAGCGGCGGAGAGCUGUUGCUACGGGGACCAGCAAUUAUGAAAGGUUAUUUAAACAAUGAGAACGCUACCCUGUCUACAGUUGUUGAGGAUGGUUGGCUGAAAACAGGUGACAUAGCAUAUUUCGAUCAAGAUGGAUUCUUGUUUAUAUCGGACCGCUUAAAAGAAACCAUCAAGUACAAAGGGUUUCAGAUAGCUCCUGCUGAUUUAGAAGCGCUCUUGAUCACACAUCAAGAAGUCCAAGAUGUUGCAGUUACAUCAGCUAAGAAUGAAGAAGCUGGGGAGAUACCAGUAGCAUUUAUAGUUAGAAGCUCAGGAAGUAAGCUAUCUUCCAGUGACAUAAUCAACUUCGUGGCUAAGAAGGUGGCACCAUAUAAGAAGGUCAGAGAGGUCGUCUUUGUUAACUCAAUUCCCAGAUCGGCAUCAGGAAAAGUACUUAGAAGGAAACUGCGUGACAGUUUAGCCUAUUCCAAACUGUAGUUCAACGGCCAUUCGAGUCAGCUUCCACAUUGCCUAAAUUGGUUUUUAUAUAUAUUUAUUAAAAAUGAAUUCUUAUGUGAUUUAUUUUAGGAACAACUGUAUCUCAAAAGCACUUUAUUAGAGCCUUUUCAUGGUGCUAUAAAAAAAAAUC